UAACUCCAGGGAGGAAUCCUGCAGAAGCUGCAGCUUGCUCACUUCACUUUGGACAUUACUCUGCCUCCCUGCAAACCUCCACCAUGGUUGACGCCUUCUGUGCCACCUGGAAACUGGUUGAGAGUGAGAAUUUUGAUGAGUACAUGAAAGCCCUUGGUGUGGGCUUUGCCACCAGACAGGUUGGAAAUGUCACCAAACCCACCGUGAUCAUCAGCCAGGAGGGCGACAAGGUGGUGAUCCGCACCCAGAGCACCUUCAAAAACACAGAAAUCUCCUUCAAGCUGGGAGAGGAGUUUGACGAAACCACCGCAGAUGACAGGAACUGCAAAUCCACGGUGACAAUGGAGGGAGACAAGCUGGUCCACGUCCAGAAGUGGGACGGCAAGGAGACCAAGUUCGUCAGAGAGAUCAAUGACGGCAAGAUGGUCAUGAAUCUGACUUUUGAAGACAUCCACGCGGUGCGCAGAUAUGAGAAAGCAUGAGAUCUACAACCAGCAGGCCAAGAAGUGUCGAUUUUAUAAUUAUUAUUGACUGUAAAAUGCUUCUCUUUGCACUUCAUCCUCGUCCUCCACAUGUGCGCCCUCUGCUGGCUGCUCAUGUUUUGUAAGAAUUUUUUUAUAUGAAAACAUUUCUGUCGUGAUGGAUGGAUCAUCUUUGUAACCCUGUGUGAAAAAAUGAAAUAAAAACUCCCAGAAGAAA